AUGUCCUCCUCCGACGCUGGCUCGAAGCCAGCACCCAACAAGCCUUCUGUCCGUUCGCGCAUGACCUCUCUUGUGCGGCGCUCGUCAACGGCAUUAAGCUUCACGAGGCCUGGCGCUUCGUCCCGUCGAUCGUCGUCAGAAUCACUCACCGUCGACACCCACCAAACUCUGGCCCCUCCUGAAAUUGCACUCGGGCAUAAGAUACCAAGCCCUGUGCUGGAGUCGCCUGUCGUUGCGCCCGCACCCAUUGCUUCGCCCACUCCUGUCCAACCAGAUUAUCGUCCGCCCUCGGCACCUAUCGACAUUCCCAUCAAGACCCCACCGCCCCACAACAACUGGGGUGACGGUCCAAUUACAAUAACCCCCAGCUCGAUAGCUUCACCUGUGGUCAUAGCGCGUUCUGAGGGCGCGGAGAUAUUGUUGGCGGCGGAUGAUGGUCGCUCAUCUCACCCAGAGUCGCCGGCAAGAAACGAGGAUGAACUGUCGAUGGAUGGCCUGCCUGGUGAAGUUGGUAUCCAGAGCAUUCCUGCUCCCGUACAUGUGAUACCUCAUCCGGAUGAGGGAAGCGAGGCGAAGUCGACAAGAGAGGAGCCAGGUCUUGCAACCCCCAGUGUUCCGCCAAAGAACACCAGCUUCGUUCCUGGCGUUAGUGUUUCUGAACAUGAACUGGCCUUGAAAGGCGACGGCUCAGACUCAACGGGUACAUCGCUAGGGCCAAGCGCUCCUCCAGAAGUUUCCGCACUCGAUUUUGCCUAUUCCGGAGCGUCCCACGAUGCUACCAUCGCCCGCUCUGAUCAACUGGUGUUCGAUAUCAGUGCGAUGGAAGGGCAACACCUAACCUCGAUAAAUGACGAUGUCGAAAGUGGGCGUUCGAGGGGCUCUACCGUGUCAUCUCAGGAUCGCCCCCUCACACCACCGGCGAUGUUUACACAGGCCAGCACGUCUGCGAAGACAAGUAUUGCGCCGUCGGCUGAGAAUAUCGCGCCUAUCGUCAUCCUCGAUCGCCCAGCGGACGGGGCCACUUCCACGUCCAGUAUCCGCUUGUAUGAUGAUCCCUUUGCAGACCCUGCGCCUGUAGCGGAGACGACAACGCGCGCGUACUCGCCAGAUCGCGCGGCUUUCCAGAGUCCGAUGGACUCCCGUCCAUCCGACCGUCAGUCAGCUCAUUCAAUCCCAUUGUCUGUCCCUAUGCCACAGCCUGCCAUAUUAGCUCCCGUGGGUGUACAAGGGGGAUCACACUGGAACGAUCCUACUGGACCGAAAUAUGUCGACGACGAGCAUAUUCCUCUAGUCAGGGGUUCAUCGCAAACCCCGAGCGAAACGACCGACUUCCCGCGGCUGAUGCCAGAUUACGGUGCCGCCCCGUCCGUAGACCUGACUUUCGAGCGCCUUGGAUGGCUCAUGCAUGUUUUGCCGGACACAACUGUGUAUUUCACGCAUCCUGGGCUCCGCAUCGUGACCGAUAUUGACCUCCGGUUGGAGGGUGCCAUGCGCGAUGUUUCGCGUUACCUGGGUGGACCACGUGUACGUCCUCCCGCUGGAUGGGAGCUCUGGUUGCGUAGUGCAGGCAUAAUACCUGUCCGCGCACCCGAGCAUUCCUUCGUCCAUCACGAGAAUCGCAUAGUGGUGCCUGUGUCAUACGAGCCUGAGGCCAUCGAACCCUCUGUUGAAGAGAUGAUAACUCUACAAGCCAUCUACUGGAGAUACAUAGAGAAACAUCCUGCUCACCUCGUUCUCUCGCCUACCACCUCAGCCGAGGCGACAGAUAUACUUACCUGGGCGUACACCGACCGUUUGUUACCCCCCGAAGCUCGAGAGAGGAUCCCUCCGUUCAGUCAGGACGAGUGUCAUGAACUCUCCUCCAUCUUGAGAUCACUUGACGCGAAUCCAUCUCCGAAUCAUAUGGCCAUCCGGACGCGAGUCAUAGCUAAGAUCAUGCUCCGUGUUUGUCGGUGGAAACAGGGACAGGUCUCCACGAGAGAAUACGAAAGUGCACCGCACUCGCUGUCUAACGUGCAGCCAUCUUUUGUACGCCGCGCGGCCGAUGUCGCUAUGUCUAUCGCAUGUUUAGGUAUCCCAUAUCUUUUCGUCGACCGGUCGCGCUCCCGUCGCGAAUAUCAUGAAAAUGGUAUGCGGAGCGCCGCUGGGUCAAUGCUGGUAGUCGGGGCUGUCGCAUGUGUGAUAGCAGCUGUAGUACUUGGGGCCUCAGUCACCCUGAUCUCGAUACCCGGACUCAACGAUAUCUCGCGCAUCGCAAGCUGCAUCUCCAUUAUCCUCUCAGCGUCAAGCUUGGUUUCAGCUCUCUUGGCGCUCCUUCGCUGGAAAACGGAUGUGGAACGCAACGUAUACUCUGGAAUCGGUCAAGAAGGUUUCAUGGUUAUGACUACGAGGAGUGUACUCUUGUCGUUACCGUUGGUAUUCUUGAUAUGGGCUAUAGCUGCAUUCGUCAUUGGAGUUGCCCUGCAUAUGCUCCGGGGCUUGGUUCUGCCUCGUCACGUUGGCAGAUAUAUGCAGUGGGUUGUCGUGGGGACUUUCGGCGGCCUCGCUGGCAUGUUGUUCGCUUGUGGGCUACUGAUCUUGUGA